GCCGCCGCCAUGGAGAUGAAGAAGCGCAUCCACCUGGAGCUGCGCAACCGCGCGCCCGAGAAGGUGGCUGAGUUGGUUCUUGACAACUGUCGGUCUAGCAAUGGUGAAAUUGAAGGCCUGAAUGACACCUUUAAAGAAUUAGAGUUCCUCAGCAUGGCCAACGUAGAGCUGACGUCUCUGGCCAAGCUCCCCACCUUAACUAAACUUCGAAAGCUGGAACUGAGCGACAACCUAAUUUUAGGGGGUCUGGAGGUCCUGGCAGAGAGAUGUCCAAAUCUCACAUAUUUAAAUCUGAGCGGCAACAAAAUCAAAGAUCUCAGCACUGUGGAAGCUCUUCAAAAUCUUAAGAACUUGAAGAGUCUUGAUUUGUUUAACUGUGAAGUCACAAACCUGGAAGAUUACAGAGAAAGUGUGUUUGAGCUGCUUCAGCAAAUCACAUAUCUAGAUGGAUUUGAUCAAGAUGAUAAUGAGGCCCCUGACUCACAAGAUGAAGAUGAUGAAGAUGGGGAUGAGGAUGAGGACGAAGAAGAUGAGGACAAAGCUGGUCCCCCAGGAGAAUAUGAAGAGAACGAUGAGGAAGAGGAUGAUGGUUCAGAUUUAGGGGAAGCUGAAGGUGAAGAGGAGGAGGAAGAGGAAGAAGUAGGCCUUUCAUACUUGAUGAAAGAAGAGAUUCAGGAUGAAGAAGAUGAUGAUGAUUAUGUGGAGGAGAAAGAGACUGAAGAGGAGGAAGCCGACAGUGUCCGAGGGGAGAAGAGGAAACGUGCAGCUGAAGACGAGGGAGAUGAGGAGGACGAUUAAGUUGUAGGAAACAAAAUAGGACCAGAUACAUUAUGUUGCAGGAUAUGCAAUAGUGAUAUGCAGACUUGUAUGUCUCCAUGUAUCAUAGGUAACCCUACAGAAAAUAUUAAUGUGUUAACUUUUUAUAGGAAGUGUGUUUUUACUAUUUUGCCCUUUUUAUCAUUCCAAUUAAGACAUAAUAGCCCAUUAUUGAUCAUGUGCAUAGAACACUGUUUUUAUCCCUUUAAUCACUGAACCAGUU